AUGGAAAUAUACGUAGGCUUGACACUUCUCGGCUUCCGACCCAGAGAUGAGCUUUUAUGGGCGUAUCAUGUGAAGCAUGCAUAUUACAUCUACCCAAACGAAGAUACAUUUGUGGGCUCUACAAGAGCGUUUUCUGCCUUGCUUCACUCUAUGGCUAAGAAGAACAAGAUUGGGUAUGGUUUGUUGCGGUCACGGAAGAAUGACACGCCGACGCUCGUCGCGAUUUUACCACAACUGGAAGAUUUCGAUGAGGCGUCCAACACACAAAUGGAACCCCCUGGGAUGCAUUUAUGUGUACUGCCCUGGGCCGAUGAUCUCAAUCCGCCUCCUACAGUCAAUCAACUGGAUUGUUUGAAACAAGAGGACGAAAGCAGCAAUCACAUUACCGAACUUGCAGAAAAGAUUGUCCGAAAGUUAAGAGUAGAUUACGCAGGUAACAAAAUUCAUAAUCCCGCGCUUCAGCAUCAUUAUGACUUUUUGGCAGCUAAAUAUCUCAACGAAAAAUUCGAACCUGCUGAGGACGAGUCAUUGCCGUGGUAUCCAUCUAUCAAAGAGCGCUGUGGGCCUUUAAUCAAAGAAUUGAUAGAGGAGAUCGAUCUUGAUCCGCGGGCAGCAGACAGCGUGAUUCCAGCAUCAUCCAUAACUAAAAAACGACGUCGAAUCGAAGACGGAGAGGGUGUUGAUGUUGAGGUAGUUGAAUCGGCAUUUGCUUCCGGCAAAGAGAAAACGUUGACCGUGAUACUGCUAAAGGAGUACUUGAUAUUCAAGAAAGAAUUGUCGCUCGCUGUGAAGGCUCCAUUAAAAGCUGAGUUGCUCGAUAUGACCCGAAAAUUUCUAGCCAAGCAACAAAACAAAUCUGCAUCUGGAUCUACAAGUACUGGCACAUCUAGGAAAAAGAAAACGUGAACUAUUUCUGCUUAACAGAGCCCUAAAUCAGCUUAUGACGUUUUUGUUUUAUAACUUUUGUCAAAUUACAAAAACUCUAAACCUUGAUAGUGUCUGAUAUGGGCCUAGCAGAAAAACUAAUAGGCUCCAACGCACAAAUCUUAUUUCUGUCCCAUUGAAUAGUAGUGUCC